UGUAUCAGACACAUCGCUGAUUGAUCGCACGGUUUGAGUUUCUCCUUAGAAUCAGUGGUGAACAGUAAGAGAGAGCUGAGGAGCACUCAAGAGCAGCGCUUGUGGGCUGAAGCCCGACCUGUGGGCCCAUGGGAGUGAGGCAUCUGGAGGAGGCUUUAAAUGACUUGAGGACUGACUGUGCCUUCUGAAGACCAGUGUGUGAUUGAUGGAGGAACUCCAGGAAGGCAGCUCUAACUACUGCCGUUCCCAACAUUGUGGGUGCUGCUGCUGAGGAGGCCCGUGCCUCUCUGGCCCUCAUCAUUGCCCUUGCCUCCCAAUGGCCUCUGCUACCAGGCCAGAGGCCAGCACUGCUGCCUGAGCCCGCUGCCCCUCUCCAGGACUUGCCGUUCCCUGAUGGGGUAACGUGACAGACGCCCCGGAUCACAGGCUGCCUGCCCACCACGGCCCAGGGCCGCCAGAGUUGGUUGAGUUCAAGUUGAUUUUCUGUUUGGUCCUGAGUGCUGGGUCUAGACCAAAGGGGACUCUCCUCUACCCACCCAUGCAGAGAGGGUGUCCCCAGCGACGGCCCCAUAGAGGACAGUGUUCUGCGGCCAGAGUCACCAACUUGAAGUUCUCUUUGCUCAGUUUUUUUGGUUGUUGUUAUUUUUAUUUUUGCCUCUUUGUAACUACUCCACUCUGAGAGACAGGACUUUGGAGCUGUCCAUCUUACUGGGAGAGGGGGUUUUCUUUCUUUUCCUUUUCUUUUUUAGAAUUGGGUUUUGUUUUGGAAUUAUCAACCACGAGGCAGCUUUCCUCUCCUCUUCCCAAAUAUUUGCACAAUAUUUGUGCGGGGUGUGGGGACGAGGUUUUAAGAAGGUCUUUUCUUUAUUUUUGGACAAGCACGGGGGUCUCACUGGACUUGGUGUGGGGGGUUGGGGGACCCCCCGUGCAGCCCUUGCUGGCUGGCCCUCUCUGGGUUCCCGGAGGAGGCAUGGCUCGCAUGAACCGGCCCGCGCCUGUGGAGGUGAGCUACCGAAACAUGCGCUUCCUCAUCACGCACAACCCCAGCAAUGCCACCCUCAGCACUUUCAUCGAGGACCUGAAGAAGUAUGGGGCUACCACCGUGGUGCGUGUGUGCGAAGUGACCUACGAUAAGACCCCUCUGGAGAAGGACGGCAUCACCGUUGUGGACUGGCCCUUUGAUGACGGGGCGCCCCCUCCUGGCAAGGUGGUGGAGGACUGGCUGAGCCUGCUGAAGGCCAAGUUCUACAAUGACCCGGGCAGCUGCGUGGCUGUGCACUGUGUGGCGGGUCUGGGAAGGGCUCCAGUGCUCGUGGCUCUUGCCCUUAUUGAGAGCGGGAUGAAGUAUGAGGAUGCCAUCCAGUUCAUCCGACAGAAGCGCCGUGGGGCCAUCAACAGCAAGCAGCUCACCUACUUGGAGAAGUACCGGCCUAAGCAGAGACUGCGGUUCAAAGACCCACACACGCACAAGACUAGAUGCUGUGUCAUGUAGCUCAGGCCCUGGCCCUGUCCACCCGUUACUCCCGUGCCUCAGUGUGUCUGUGUCUAAGGAGCCCAGUGGCCGUGCGUGUUCCUGCUCUGUCCCCGUCUGUGCCCACGGCUGUCCCUGGACCUCCGGCCAGUUCUGUCCAGCCCCUCCACCCCCUGCCCAGGCCUUUCCCUGGCCUGUGGACCACAGGUGGGUGUUUUUAACCACUGGGCCCAGGGCUUCAGCGGCGCUGCCCUCACCCUAACCUGUUUUCAGCACCUUUUGUUACCAGAUCCUGGGCCUUCAGGUGCUCUGGACUCUCAAGGCAAUAAAUCAGGAGCUGUGGA